CGUUGUCAAGUUUCAAUGUAUUAAAAACAAGUAGUUUUAAUAUAUACAAUAUUAUAUAAUUUAAUGUGAAAGUGUAACAAAAUUAUAAGCCUAAAUAUUAAUUUUGUUGUUAGGUUAAAUCACUUUUGGUUUUAUAAUGGAUCAAAGUAACGAUAAUAAACGUAAAAAGGAAAAAUACAGUGAGAGUGAAUAUCAUAGAAAAGAUUCAAGAUCGAAAAAGCGUCGGUCGAAAUCUCGUUCUCGAUCUCCGAGAGAUAAAACUGAAAAGGAUUCUCGACGUAAAAGAAGACAUUCUCGAUCGAAAUCUCCCAAUAUUCCGCAUAAACAAGACAAUCGCCGUGAUGACGCGCCAAAGGAGAUCAAAUCAACGCCAGCGAAAAAAGCUAAAGAAACCGAUAUGCUUAACACGAGAACUGGUGGCGCGUACAUUCCUCCAGCGCGUCUACGGAUAAUGCAAGCUCAAAUAACUGAUAAAUCGUCUGUCGCUUAUCAAAGACUUGCAUGGGAAGCUCUCAAGAAAUCUAUUCACGGCCACAUUAAUAAGAUCAACGUUGGUAACAUUGGUAUAAUUAUUAAAGAGCUUUUAAAAGAGAAUAUAGUUAGAGGACGAGGUUUGCUCUGUCGGUCGGUGAUCCAAGCUCAAGCCGCAUCACCAACAUUUACAAACGUUUUUGCUGCCUUGGUAUCAGCAGUCAAUUCACGUUUCCCUAAUAUAGGUGAAUUGUUGUUGAAAAGGCUAGUAAUACAGUUCAAGAGAGGUUUCAAGAGAAAUGAUAAGCCUAUAUGUAUUUCGUCAGCUACUUUUAUUGCUCAUCUCGUAAACCAAAGAGUUGCACAUGAAAUUUUAGCUUUAGAGUUAUUGACAUUGUUAGUUGAAACACCAACAGAUGACUCUGUAGAGGUUGCUAUAGCAUUUUUAAAGGAGUGUGGUCAAAAACUCACGGAGGUCUCAUCUAAGGGUGUUAAUGCCAUUUUUGAGAUGUUAAGGAAUAUUCUACAUGAGGGCCAGUUGGAUAAGAGAGUUCAAUAUAUGAUUGAAGUAAUGUUUCAAGUUUGGAAAGAUGGCUUCAAGGAUCAUCCGGCUGUUUUAGAGGAGCUGGAACUGGUACCUGAAGAGGAACAGUUUACGCAUCUUUUAAUGUUGGAUGAAGCCACAGAUUCACAGGAUAUCUUAAAUGUAUUCAAAUUUGAUGACAAGUAUGAAGAAAAUGAACAAAAGUACAAAGCACUGAGUAAUGAAAUCCUCGGAUCUGAUGCUGAGUCUGAUGACGAAGAUGGUUCUGAUGAAUCUGGCAGUGAUGACUCUGAUGAUGAGGAAGCAGAAAAGGGGAAAGAGGUCACUAUUAUUGACAACACGGAGACAAAUCUUGUUGCUUUGAGGAGAACUAUAUAUUUGACUAUCAAUUCAAGUUUGGACUUUGAGGAAUGUGCUCAUAAAUUGAUGAAAAUGCAGCUAAAGCCGGGACAGGAAAUUGAACUAUGUCACAUGUUUCUUGACUGUUGUGCUGAACAGAGAACUUAUGAAAAGUUUUAUGGUCUUCUAGCUCAACGAUUUUGUAACAUCAAUCGAAUUUAUAUUGGUCCAUUUGAAGAAAUAUUUAAAGAUUCUUACUCUACAGCUCAUAGAUUGGACACAAACCGUCUAAGAAAUGUGAGCAAGUUUUUUGCUCAUCUAUUAUUUACUGAUUCUAUAAGCUGGGAAGUUCUAGAAUGUGUAAAACUGAAUGAGGAAGACACAACAAGUUCGAGUAGAAUUUAUAUUAAAAUAUUGUUCCAAGAGUUGGCUGAAUAUAUGGGCUUAAAGAAACUUAAUGAUCGCUUAAAGGACCCAACUUUGCAGCAAGCAUUCUCUGGUGUUUUCCCGAGAGAUAAUCCUAAGAAUACAAGGUUUUCUAUCAACUUUUUCACUUCAAUAGGUCUUGGAGGUCUUACAGAUGAAUUAAGGGAACAUUUGAAACAAAUGCCAAAGAAUUUACCUCCACCGAUAACAGAAAUUAAACUGGACAGUGAGUCUAGUUCCGAUUCCAGCUCCAGCUCUAGUUCCGACAGUUCAUCAUCAUCAUCCAGUGACUCAAGUUCGAGUGAUUCUGAAGAAGAAAAUAAUCAGAAGGAGAAAAAACGAAAAAAGAAGAACAGCAAAAAUAAAACUUCGGAGCCUGAUGACGUUCCCAAGAAAGAUGUUGACAAGAUUGAAAGAUGGGGUCAUGAUGGUUUCUAUGAGAACUAUGGAUCUAAUGCCAGAAGAAAUGAUUCAAGAUCUGAUAGAGAUAAGAAUAACUUUGGUCAACCUAGAAGUGAUGAUGAAAGGCGAAGAGAUUACUAUGAUCGAAGAAAUGAACACGAAGAAUCUGAAAGUGAUAGAAGACGUGAAGAUCGUGGGGGUAUGGGAAACGGUAUGGGUAUGGCAAACUAUGGAAAAGAGAUGGGAAAAUCUUAUCGAAGAGAUGGUAAAUAUGGUGAAGAUACUAGAAACCAUAGAAUGUAUGAAGAAGAUACAGACCGACGCAGGAAUAAAACGUAUGAAGAUGAUACAAACAGAAGAAGAAAUAAGAAUCAUGAUGAUGAUAGAGAUAGAGGAAGAAAUAAAAAAUAUGACGAAGAAAUAGAAAGAAGGAGGAAUAAGAAUAAUGAUGAAGAUCUAGGCAGAAGGAGAAAUAAGAAUAAUGAUGACGAUAUGGACAAAAGAAGGAAUAAGAACAAUGACGACGAAGUAGACAGAAGGAGAAAUAAGAAUAAUGAUGAUGAUAUUGACAAAAGAAGGAAAAAGAACAAUGAUGACGAUAUGGACAAAAGAAAGAAUAAGAACAACGACGAAGAAGAAAACAGAAGGAGAAAUAAGAAUAAUGAAGACGAUAUAGACAAAAGAAGGAAAAAGAACAAUGAUGAAGAUAUAGACAGAAGGAGAAAUAAGAAUAAUGAUGAUGAUAUUGACAAAAGAAGGAAAAAGAACAAUGACGAACAGGAAAACAGAAGGAGAGAUAAGAAUAAUGAUGACGAUGUAGAUAGAAGGAAUAAAAAUAAUGAUGAAGAUCUAGACAGAAGAAAUAACAAAAAUUAUGAAGAAGAAAUGGGGAAAAGUAAUCACGAUAAAGAAUCUCGGCAAAACAGAGAUGAACGCAAUAAUAGAGACAGAGAACGUGAACAUGAAAUAAUGCAAAACCGUGAAGAUCAAUCUCGUUAUAAACAAGGAAAAGCUGACGAUGACAGACAAAGAGAUCGGGGACGUACUGACGUGAAAGAUGGCAAACGUAGUAAAAAAUAUGAUGGUGAAAGAGAUAAAAAUAGCUCCAGUAGUAGUGAUGAAGAUUACAAAAGUAGGAAGCGCGAAAAAGAUAGAAAAGUUGACAAUGAAAAGGCAUGCAGGAAGGAUAGUUCAAAUAGCAAAAAGAGUAAAAAGCGCAAUAAGGAAAAUAAAAAAGAAAAUGUACGCGAUAGUACUGAAUCUUCCACAGAUUCUGAAAAUGAUGAGGGUACAGAGAAAAAUGAUUUGGGUGGACGUUACUGGGAUAAUUUUAAUAUAGAAACACAACUCAAUGAUAAAGAAAGAGAAAAAUUCGAAGGUCGAACUCCAGAUUAUGAAAGAAGGCGUGAACGCUAAAACCCUGUAACGCAUAAGUAAGACAUUAUAUAAUAAGAUUUAUGUAUAUUAUAAAUGUCGCAUUUGUAAAUAUUGAUAAUUAAUAUUAUAAGGUUUUGAACGUAAUAAUAAAUUCGGUAAGCGCUU